AUGGUAUUGCGCAAGUCUAAUGAUUUUCGAGUUUUGACAUUAGGAACAGGAGAACUAACAUGGAGAAAAAUUGAAUGUUCCAUACCCCAUUGGUCUGUAUCUCGUGGUGAGAAAUGCAUCAAUGGAGUUGUGUAUUAUAUUGCUCAUUGCGAUGCUACUAGAUUUCAAAAACCUUACAAACUAGUUUGCUUUGACAUCCGGUUUGAAAAAUUCAAGUUUCUUGAUGUGGACAGUGAGAUUUGGGGAUCACUUCUAGUAAAUUUCGAGGGUAAAUUGGGCAUAAUCCCUGGUGAUGCUUUUUUUUUCAGUGGCGAAACUACAAAGCUUGUGAUGUGGGUUCUAGAUGAUGUCCACAAUGAGAAAUGGUCGAAGCAUAUCUACCAGUUUCCGUCCUUGUGGAAGAAUCUAGUUGGGGAUAACUCGCUAAAAGUUGUAGGGCUGACUGGUACAUGUGAAAUUGUGUUCUCCCCAUCUUAUAUAUAUCAGGAUGCUUUCUACGUUAUCUAUUACAAUGUGGUGAAGAACACUGUCAGAAGAGCUGAAAUCCAAUUAGGAGUUGUUCCUGACAGCGGUCUGAUGGUGGGUACCUCUGUUGACCAUGUAGAAAAUAUGGAAGUGCUCGGGAGUUCAUAG